AUGAAUAAAGAUAAAAGUAUAUCAUCUUCAUCACUCUCAGAAUUGUCAACAGAUGAAGUUGUGGUAGUUGAUGAAAUUGAUCAUUAUGCAGAAGAAUGGAUUCCACCAUUUGCUUUUCGAGAAGGAAUAUCAUUAAAUCGAAAACAAAAAAUUAGUGAUUUUUAUAAAUUUGAAGAACCCCUUGGUGAAGGAAAAUUUGGACGUGUUUUUAAAUGUAUAGAAAAAAAUACUCAAUUAUGUUUAGCUGCGAAGUGUAUUAAAAUAAAAAAGGAUAGUGAAUUAAAACAAGUUGAAAAUGAGAUAUCAAUUUUAACGAAAAUGCGUCAUAAAUGUAUUGCACAAAUUUAUGAUGCAUAUUAUAUUGAAAAAAAUUUUGACAAAGAAGUUAUUCUUAUUAUGGAAAUUGUUGAAGGUGGUGAACUUUUUGAUCGUGUUGUGGAAGAAUCAUAUAUUUUAACAGAAUUAGCUAUUGCAUUAAUUAUACAUCAAAUAUGUGAAGCUAUUAAAUAUAUUCAUAGUCAUAAUUUUAUUCACCUAGAUUUAAAGCCAGAAAAUAUAAUGUGUGUCUCACAGUCCUCAAAUCAAAUUAAAUUAAUUGAUUUUGGGUUAGCACAACAUUAUGAUGGUGAACAGGAUUUGUUAUUUAUGGCUGGUACACCAGAAUUUGCAGCACCAGAAGUAAUUAAAUAUGAACCAUUAAAUUUUCAUACUGAUAUGUGGAGUGUUGGUGUAAUUACAUAUAUAUUAUUAUCUGGACAAUCACCAUUUUUAGGCCCAAAUAUAGCUAUAACAUACAAUAAAGUUGAAAAAGGUGAUUGGUCAUUUUGUAAUGAAUUUGAAAUAAAUAAAAUUAGCCAAGAUGCCAAAGAAUUUAUUUCAAAAUUAUUAAUUGUUAAAAAAGAAGAUCGUAUGUUACCUGAAGAUUGCCUUAAUCAUUCAUGGUUAAAAAAUUCUCUUGAUAAGGCACAUAAUCUUCAAAAUAAAAAAGAAAUUACAACAAAUGUUCAACCAAUUAAUAAAGAAACAUUAAAAAAAUACUUAAAAAAUAAGAAAUUUAGAAGAAUUGUUUUUGGAGUAUUAUUCAUUAAUCAAGUAUUAAAAAUGAUAACAACUAUGCAAUUAAAAAGAAAUAAAAAAGGGUUGUUAUAUGCAAAAAAUUUAUUACAUGCUGCUAAGUUAUCUGAAAAAAAAGAAGAAACAAUAGAAUCUAUAAAAUCUACUACAGAAAUAGAUACAUCAACAACGAAUAUAACUAAUAAAGAAGAAAAUGUUAAUAAGAAAAAAAUAUUAAAAGUUAAAAAAGUACCAAAGAAGAACGAGGAAGAUAAAGUAGAAGAUAAAUUAAUAAUAACAAAAACUGUAGAAAGAAAACCAUCAAAAACUAAUAAAGCAUUAAUUAAUAAAAUUAAAGAAAAUGAUGUAAAUGAAAUUAAAAGAAAUGUUGAGCUUACAGAAAGUAAAGAAAAAAGUAAUUCUGGAGAGACAACAAAAAAAUCAAGUUCACUCAAGGAAAAUAGAGAUACAACAAAAGACAUUCUUAUUAAUGAUGAUAACAAAUAUUUAAAUGAUAGUGCAAAAUUUUCAAAUACAGCAAAUGGCAAACAAUUACAUUCCAUCAACGAAAAAAUAAAUAUUUUAUCAUCCAUCAAAGAUUGUGAUAAACAAAAAAAUGUCGGUAAUAUUGAAGAAAUAAAAGCAAAUUUAAAUUCUUCUUCUAAAAUAGGAAGUAAAAAAUUAAAAAACAGCGUAAAAAAAAAUACAAAAUGUUUAAUUAUAGACAAUACUAAAUUAUGCAAUAAAAGCAUGGAAAACAUUCAAACAAAUACAGAAGAAGGGAAGUUAAUUGUAAAAGUAGGUGAUUCUAAAAAAAAUGAAAAUACUAUUGGCAAUAAAAAAAUACAGGAAAAAGAAUCUAAAAAUAGUAGUGAAAUUUUAAUUAAUUCAACAAAAAAAGAAGAGGAUAAUAAAAUAAAUCAUCAGGUAUGUGGAAAAAAUAGUAAAAUAAUGAAUGACAAGAUGGAUACUAAGGAAAAAAGUGAUAAUAACAUUUUAAUUGAAAGUAAAGAAGUUUUAGUUAAUGAUGAAAGUAUUAAAAAAAUUAAAAAAACAAUAAAGAGACGAAGUAUAAAAAAAAAAGUUCAAAUUGAAAAUAAAGAAGAUUGUUCAAAUUCAUCAACUCCCAUUAUAAUUUCACCCUCUAUUCAUGAGACAGUUACAAAUAAUACAUUUGCAGAAACAAUAUUAAAUAAGAAAACAUAUUCUGCAAAAAAUUCCAACACUAUUUCCAAAAAUGCUCUUCAGUCUUCGUCAUUACAUCUUGGAGCUUCAGCGUCUAUAAAUAAUUAUUAUAUGGAAAAUGAUAUUUUAAUUAAUAAAAAAAUUUUUAAUAAUGUUAAAGAUUGUAAGGAAAAAUGUAACGAAAAGAUCGAAGAAAUUAAUAAUGAUACAAAAAUUAUUCAUAAUAAAGGAUUAAAAAAUACCAAUAUAUCCCUAUUACAUCAGGAAUCAAAAAAUACUUCUCAAAAAAUUUCAAUUAAAAUAGAUAGUGAUAAACAAGUUUCUAAUAAAGAAACAAAUAAAAUUGAAAGGAAAAAAUGUAUUAUAAGGAAAAAGAAUAUUAAAAAAGAUGAUUCUGAUAUUGUAGAAGAUAUUAAAGAACAAAAAUAUACAAGUAUAAACGAACCAAUUAAUAUGAAAGUAGAGAAAGAAUUUAUUGAUAAAACAUUAACAAAAAAUAAUGAUAAUAAUUUUAUAAAAUAUAAAGAGGAAAGUCACAAAAAUAUUUCUAUAAAGAAAACAAAAACAAGUCUUAUUACUAAUUUAAAGAAAAAUAUAAGUAAUGAUACAUUAUCAAUAGAUAAUAAUAUAAAAAAUGAUUUUGAUGAUGAAGAAAUUUUUAAUUUUAAAAAAUUAAAAGAAAAAUUAGAAAAAAGAUUAUCUAAUAAAAAACCAAAAGAUUAUACGGAUAGUAAUGAUAUUGAUGAGGUAAGUGGAAAAUUGAAAGAUCCCAAUAGUGAACUUUUUGAAUACAAUGGAUUAAGCAAAGUUGACUUUGAGAAUGUUAAAAAUAUUAAAAAUAAAUGGCUUAAAAUUGAAAAAGAAGCAAUUUAA